GUUGGCACGUCUGUAUCGGUUGCUUUUAGUCCUCAACCUCGUUCUGUGUGCUAUACAUAUGGUUUCAUUUCCCCCUUAAUUCUCAACUCGUGAAACUUCCCAAAAAAUAUACAGCACUAUGGAACACCAAAAAGAGGAGCAACUAGAACCAGUGAGUCCUGUGGGACAAUACUUCAACAGCUCUAUGCUAUGCAUAUACAUCAUUGGAGUUUUAGAAUUCGAAGUUCCAAUAGAUGACUUGCAAACAUAUGCUCUUCUUAAAGAUGUUUUCCUUCCCAUCAAUCCACGCUUCUCCUCCAUCAUGGUCCAAGAUAAAGAUGGAGAGAAAAGAUGGAAGCAAGUUGAUGUAAACUUGACGGACCAUGUCAACAUCCCCACAUUCCCCGAAGGAAAAACAGCGGAAUCUUAUGAUAAAUAUUUUCAUGAUUAUUUAUCAAGCAUAGCAAUGGAGCAAUUACCACAAAGCAGACCAUUAUGGGAUAUUCACAUAAUCAAUUACCUUACAAGUGAUGCAUCCAGCACUAUAAUAUUUAAGCUUCACCAUGCACUUGGAGAUGGCUAUUCUCUCAUGGGUGCUCUUCUUUCUUGUCUUCAACGAGCCGAUGACCCUUCUCUUCCCUUGUCCUUUCCUUCUCUCAAACAAUCUAAACAAGAACCUUCUUCCACUAAAAGCUUUUGCAGAAAAUUUUCUUGGAUGUGUUCCUCUGCCUUCAACACUGUCUCAGAUUUUGGAUGGAGUGUAUUGAAGAGUAGCAUCAUUAGUGAUGAUAAAACACCGAUAAGGUUUGGAGACGAAGGAGCCGACUAUCAACCAAUUUCCAUAUCAAGCAUGACAUUCUCCAUUGACCACAUCAGGGCCAUCAAAUCAAGGCUCGGAGUGACAAUAAAUGAUGUGGUCACUGGAAUUGUCUUCUAUGGAACUAGAUUAUAUAUGCAAGAUAUGGACUCCAAAUCAAAGACCGCACACUCCACAGCAUUGGUAUUACUGAAUACGAGAAACGUUGAAGGUUACCAAUCGAUCAAUGAUAUGCUAAAUACUAAAGCCACGGGUCCAUGGGGGAACAGAAUUACCUUCUUGCAUGUUCCAAUACCGAAAUUAAAUGAAACAAGAACUACAAACCCUCUUGAAUUUAUUUGGGACACACAUAACAUAAUCAAGAGGAAGAAACAAUCUCUAGGAGUUGUACUCACCGGGACACUUUUGAAGAUAGAGGGCAAAUUGAGGGGACAAGAGGCAGUAGCUAAACGCAUUCGUGGCACAUUGACAAAAUCAAGUGCAGUGAUUUCAAACUUGGCUGGACCAAUACAACAAAUGGCUUUAGCUAACCAUCCUGUGAAAGGCUUGUAUUUCACAUUGGCCGGUGGACCUGAAAGUCUAGUCAUUUCAGUUAUGAGCUAUAUGGGAGUCCUAAGUGUUACCCUCAAAACGGAAAAAGACUUCAUAGACGAACAUAAAUUGAAGUUGUGCAUGCAAAGUGCAUUUGAGAUAAUUCUCCAAGCAGCUAUGGAAAUUCCUCAGGAAACCAAACCUUAGUAUUUGGUUUGGAUGAUUGGAACAGCUUAUUACGAAAAUUAGAGAGAGAGAGAGAUAUGGAGAAUUUACCAUAUUAUUUCUCCGGAUUUAUCAACGCCUUAAGUAAUUGCUUGUCUAUAGUAUAUUUGUCGUAUGUUUGGAAAGAUCAAUACACGAGGCCCACCUUAUUUUGGAUCUGUUUAGGCCUAUUCUUGUUUGGAAGAAUCUUAUCGUCUGAUCCCACUUGGUAAUCAUUUCUUGUUUGUUUCACAAACUAAAAAGUGUACAAGAGUUGUUAUAUUUUUAAUUAUGUAGUCUUUUGUAAAAAUUUUGUACAUCACAUUUCUUA